GCCGUCGACUGGGAUGGCCGUUGAUGGCGGAUGAGGACAUUAUCAUCAUCAUCAUCAUCAUCAUCAUUGAUGAAGCUGAUCGGAUCGAUUCUCCUAUAACAGCUUGGACGGGAGCGUCCUCUUCUACUUUUAUCGUCAUCGUCAUCAAGUCACCAUCACCGCCAUCGCGAGACAAAUAACAAAGCAACAUCAAGACCAAAAGAAACACCUCAUAUAUAUCUCCCAAACGCUCCACUACAGACAGGAGCACCCACCCAGCACGUCACCAUGCCGGACACGCUCAACCUCGUCCUCCGCAACGAGACGGGCGCCGCGCAGCUGUACGCGCACGUCACGGGCUCCGACGACAAGGGCAUCAUCGUCAUGAGCGCCGACGGCAAGACGCCCUACCGGCCCGUCUCCCCCAAGGACACACUGCAGCCCCUCGGCGCCGACUGCGCCAUCCCCCUGGGCGGUGGCGGCUCGUCUCGCACCGUCACGAUCCCGCGCAUCUCGGGCGGGCGCAUCUGGUUCUGCAAGGACAAGCCGCUCAGCUUCUUCCUCAACCCGGGCCCGUCGCUGGUCGAGCCGUCGGCGACGAACCCGGCCGACGCAAACUACGGGCUCGACUGGGGGUUCGCCGAGUUCACGUGCAACGCGCAGGAGCUGUACGCCAACGUGUCGUUUGUCGACUUCGUCGGCCUGCCCGUGAGCCUGCAGCUCACGACGGGCGACGGCAAGGUCAAGACGGUGCCGGGGAUGCCCGCCGACGGGCUGCAGCAGGUGUGCGCCAAGCUCGAGGCGCAGGGCAAGGCCGACGGCAAGGGCUGGGAGAAGCUCGUGAUCCGUGGUAAUGGCGGUGGCGCCCCCUUGCGCGCCCUGUCGCCCAACGCCGGCGCCGUGCUCGUCCCGGGGCUGUUCGACGGCUACUACCAGUCCUACGUGGACGCGGCGUGGGCCAAGUACGCCAAGGAGGACCUGAUCGUCAACACGCAGUUCAAAUGGGGCGACGUGACGGGCCGCAGCGACGGCACCAAGCUCAACUUCAAGGGCAGCGACGGCUCGACCAUGUCCUUCGCCAAGCCGUCCGCCGCCGACAUCUUCACCUGCAGCACGGGGCCCUUUGCGCACGCCGCGGGCGUCUCCGAGGAGCAGCUCAACGUGGGCGCCCGCCUGGCCGCCGCGCUCAACCGCUCGACGCUCGCGGCCAACGCCCGGCAGCCCGAGGGCGAGACCGUCGCCGGCUACUACAAGGAGGCCGUCACCAACCACUACGCGCGCGUGUGCCACGAGACGAGCCUCCACGGCAGGGGCUACGCCUUCCCCUACGACGACGUCGGCGCGAGCGGCGGCACCGACCAGAGCGGCUUCGUCAACGACCCCAACCCCAAGGAGCUCGUUGUCUGCGUGGGGAAGCCGCUCGGGACCUGAGAAAGUUGGAUGAGUCGAGUCGGCCUUGCUAGAGACGACGACGGGGAUGGAGAAGACGACGACAGGGAAACGACGACGCAAGACGAGGAAGAGAGACGCUCACUAGACGACGAUGAGAACCACGACAUAAACAGGACACGACACUUACUAGACGCCAGACAGGACGAUGAUGGCAUGGGAGAAUGCACAUACAGUAUACACAUGAGCGGCAGCAGCUCGCCAGAUGGGCCGGGGAUGCUUACACCUGCUCUCCCCCCUUUCCGUCUCUCGGUCACGUAGACAUCCAUCUACACGAAACUUUUACCGAUUCAUACCACCACCCCUCGUUGUCUAUACCAACUUAUAUGCUCGUUAGUAUUUACUUCACUACUUUGUAUAUAGGUACCUAGUCUGCGACGACAGGCAAUGCACAUACAUUCUUUUGUACAUAGA